AGAGGAAGCCUCUCUCUCCUCCGAGUAGACACAGAGGGAGAGCGAGCGAGCAGCAGCAGAGGAGAGCUAUGGCGUCAACUGGCAAUGGAGGAGGAGGAGGAGUCGAGUGGCACGUUCGGCCACCGAACCCUAAGAACCCCGUCGUCUUCUUCGACAUAACCAUCGGCACCAUCCCCGCAGGCAGAAUCAAGAUGGAGCUCUUCGCCGAUAUUGCUCCCAAAACUGCUGAGAACUUCAGGCAAUUUUGCACUGGCGAGCACCGAAAAGCUGGGUUGCCUGUUGGGUACAAGGGGUGCCACUUCCAUAGGGUGAUCAAGGAUUUCAUGAUUCAAGCUGGAGAUUUUUUAAAGGGCGAUGGAAGCGGAUGCAUCUCUAUAUAUGGACAUAAGUUUGAGGAUGAGAAUUUCAUUGCUAAACAUACUGGUCCAGGUCUAUUGUCGAUGGCAAAUAGUGGACCAAAUACUAACGGUUGUCAGUUCUUCAUAACUUGCGCAAAGUGUGACUGGCUCGACAACAAGCACGUCGUAUUUGGGAGAGUGCUCGGAGACAGUCUUUUGGUGGUCAGAAAGAUCGAGAACGUGGCGACCGGACCUAACAACAGACCGAAACUGCCAUGUGUCAUAUCUGAAUGUGGAGAAAUGUGAGGAUCUGUAUUUAGUACUUACCUCUCUCCAUCUUUUGUCCAUGAGAAUAGUAUUAUAUCUGCUUAAAGUCCUAUGGAGAAGCGGUCUCAUGAAAUGGGGACCACGGUAGAAAUUGGGUAUUAGAACAUUGUAUUCGUAGCAUUUAUGCUUAGAAUGGACCGCAGAAAUGGCGGUGUGCGCUUACUCUUCAGAAUUGACUUUCAAAGUCAACCCUCACGAUGAUGGGGAUAAUAUGGCUAGUGAUGUACCUGGCUUGUCCUAUUAAUGCAUUUCUGUCUGUCUUUUCUGUUUUGUUUGGUA